UUCUUCCUACCUUCCUCCUCUUGUGUUUUGUUCAGCCCACACAAUGACGGUGGGGAACACGGAGACCGUUGAGCUGUUUGAUGCCGGGCAAAAAGGUCGCGGCCUAAGAGCCGGCAGAGACCUCAGCACCGGGGAGGUGGUCUUUGCAGAGGCCAGCUUUGCUGCUGUGGUCUUUGACAGCGCGUUCAUGCAGGUAUGCCACAACUGCUUCCGCCAGCAGGCCACGCUACAUCGUUGCGCCCAGUGCCAGUUUGCCUUCUACUGCAACCGCACCUGCCAGACUGCAUGCUGGGAUGAACACAAGAACGAGUGUGCGGCCAUUAGGAAGGCUGGCAAGGCGCCCGAUGAAAAUGUUCGUCUUGCUGCUCGUGUCCUCUGGCGCCUUCACAAAGACUCGGGGAUUGUCUCAGACAGUCAGUUGAUCUCGGUGGAACAGCUGGAGGACCACGUGUCUGACCUGCCGCAGAAGAACCUUCGACGGCUCGAGACCGACGUCCAGAGCUUCCUGGGAUAUUGGUCUUACGGAAAGAAACGGCACUCGGUUGACUACAUCUCACACAUCUUUGGCAUUAUUACGUGCAAUGGAUUCACGAUGAGUGACCAGAAGGGGCCGCGAGCCGUCGGUGUGGGGCUUUUCCCGAACCUGUCUUUGGUCAACCACGACUGCUCGCCCAACUGCUCUGUUGUCCUCAACCAUGGCGAUCAAACUGCCGUGAGCUCCGCUCUCCAUUCUCAGAGGAGGAUCGAGCUGCGAGCUUUAGGGAAAAUCCCUGAGGGUCAGGAGUUGACCGUCAGCUACGUUGACUUCCUCAACCUGUCAGGUGUCCGCAAGAAGAAGCUGAUGGAACGUUACCAUUUUGAGUGCACGUGCCAGCGCUGCAGCCAGCACCUCAAGGAUGAUCUGAUGACGGCUGCCGCAGAGGCCAAACCGUCUGCUGAGAAGCUGAAGGAGGUGACUGCCUUUAGUGAAGACUGUCUGGAGAAGAUCGAGAAGUGCCAUCUUGAGAAAGAUUUCCACGAGGUGGUGAAGCUGUGCGGUGAGUGUUUGGAGAAGCAGGAGAACGUCCUGGCUGACACUCACCUGUACAAACUGCGUGUGCUCAGUGUAGCCAGCGAGGUACUUUUAUUCCAGCGGUUGUUCCCUGAGGCUGCAGCGUACGCUCAGAGGAUGGUGGAUGGAUACACGAAGUUAUAUCCCCGCAACAACGCCCAGCUGGGCUUGGCGUUCAUGCGUGCCGGCAUCGUACAUUGGCAGUCGGGGAAGACCGAGCUGGGCCACGGCAUGAUCUGCAAAGCUUACAGCAUUCUCAUGGUCACUCACGGGCCCAACCACGCCGUCACCAAAGACUUGGAGUCCACGCGCAUGCAGACGGAGUUGGAGUUGAAGAGGAAGAAGGCGACGUCAGCCUGAAGCUGCGUUGAUUUCGAGGAGCGGCUUGUCCGUCGCUCCCGGUAGCCGUAGGUUGGCGAAUCACCUCAUGUAAAAAGAGGACAUAACCGACUUGAACACGUAACGACAAUAAAACGGACGUUUCGCCGUG